CACAGCCAUUCCAUCACUGCUUUUCAGGAGGCUACAUGUUCGCUUGCACAUAGCAAACUAGGCACGUGGGCAGUCACUUGUGAUGGUCACAUUCUGGUCAAGCCGAACAACGUCGACAGUUGGGUAACUGUUGCUGCGCCUCCUGAUCUCCCAGCGGAUGUCUCGCCUUCGCAGGUUUUCUCUUCUCCAAAUGGGAUUUAUGUUUGGAUACUUGCAAAGGGACGUGGAUGGGCACGUGUGAAUAUCAACGAUAGAAAUCCUAGCGGCACGAAAUGGACCGAAACCUACCACACAUCAGAUCUGUGCCAGUUGGCUGUUGGUGACAACAUUGUCUGGGCCAUAGACGCUUCUGGACAUCUUCUGAGACUGCGAGGAUUAGCGGCAGGGAACCCAGCUGGAAAUUAUUGGCGUCCUAUCUUCAGGAGGGACAUUCAGGGCUAUUUCGAUAGAUGCUCGAAGCGACUUAUGGGCAAUCGAUAUGGAGAAUCACCUCGUACGACAUUUGAGCGACGUUUUCGUUCCGAAUCAGUUUCAUAA